UCAUUCGACCUCUCGCAUUUCUUCUCCUGCGCUCUUCCAUUGCUGCGUCGUGCGAUAAAGCAUCUCGUCAAUGCGCAAAGGCUCAAACUCGGCGGCAAUCAUGUCUCGGAAAGCGUUGUAGUCAUCGAGACUUAGCAUGUCUGCCUCUUCCUCGAGGAGCGCUUCGUGGAACCGCAGAAGGAGCCCUUUUUCGGCGAACAGAGAGAGAUCCGCCUGGCCAAAAAGGAAGCUUGUCAUUUGUGUGCACUCGUCCACGUAGAUGUCAGCGGGGUCGUAUCGGAAGCCCCACGAUUGGUAGUAGAAACCUAACAUUGAACACACAUCGAAGACACAUCACACAAACAAGACCAUGCCAUUGACCACACACACAUAUGUCCUCUGGGUCUAGAAGCGUACUUGCUCGUGUGAGAAUAUAGACCUCUUUGAUGCUGCUCGUGUCGACCACGGAGACUUGUGUGCAACCCCAGUGGCUGCCGUAUGUGUCCAACCAUGACAGCAUAGAGACUGCACCAUUGGCAAUCAACACCUUCUGACUUGUGAGGGUUUUCAUGCAAUGUAAAAGUAUCGGGGCCGUGUGUGACUGACCGACGAGUGUGUUGCCGCUGACACCAUCGGCCUUUUCCACUCUGCGACAGACAGACAGACAGACAGACCCGUGUGGCCAAGUGCGCAAACGCGUAGUCCCAUUCUCUGCGCACACGCGCAGUACCCUUCCAGGUAGCAGGAGUCCUUGGCGACCACACUGUACUCCAACAGGCAGUACCCCGGCGGCCUCACGUCGAUUCCGUCAACCUUUUGCAGUGAGACCUGCGCGCUUCCAGUCGACCUUUUGCCCACCCGAAGCACCAGAUCUAGUUUGUUCCUCCCCUUGAGGCCUGUCUGCAGCCGUUGGCGGAACCUCUUGUCAACAUCCACAGAGCAACUGCUUGUGGAGUGCACCCAAUCAGAUCUCUAUGGUUUGAUGAGACGCUUCACUGCAUCGUGUGUGUCUCCCACCUGAUAUCGAUUGGUUCCGCAGGAACACUGAGGGGCGGCUGGGUGCAGCUGACUUCCUUUUUGACACGGGAUGACAAGACGCCCCCGUGUUGAACUUGAAGUACCUGGCAGAAAAGGAUCAAGGCUGCCCACGAGAACCAGUGGGCACGAGAACGAAUCGUCAGAUCCAUGGAUCGAAACGGGGCAAUCAAAUCUUCUGGAGCUCG